AGAAAAAUAGGAAAGGUGCAAGGACAAUAUUGUCUAUAACCUCUUCUGCAUGCAAACUGUAAACAGCAGGUAACGGUAAUCGAGGGAUCUUUAAGCUCAAUUGAAUGGCUCUUUAAUGCUGAAAAACAGUGUAGGCAGUGUAGGUGUUUGUGUUUACGAUAGUUAAGCCUACUUCCAAAUGAUGAGAUUCCAAAUGAGAUUGCUCUUUCUUUUGUUGCAGCCUUUUUAGAUCAUGGAUGGCCCGAUGAAUAUCAAAAACAGAAUUUUUGAGAAGGCUGUAGUUAGUUAAGUGUUUUAUUUCGUCUCCGAUUAGGGCUUUGUCUAUUUACGAAAAUUGUGUGGGAUAAAUAUGAAAAUAUUUGGUCACUUUCAACUUCGGGUUUGUAGACCUGAAUCUGCUUUGCAGAUGUUUAAUCAAUUAAGUACUUCAGACGAGCACGAUAAUAACUCUGUAUUGAGGAGAAAUGAUCUUAUCCCAUACGUUGACAUAAAAAGCUUUUUGAACGAGAGCCAGCAGCAUCAGGCUGCUUUAUUCUUAGACCUACUACUUAACUUUCGUCUGGUCUAGUCUCUUCCUCGUCCCCUGCGUAUGCGUGUAAAUACCUCUUCCUCCUGUUAUUUUGGGGGAGUGUUCAAACUCCUGCAACAAGCCUUUUUUUUAAGACUGGGACAAAUCAGCAACCGUGCAGAUGCGUGUAGACAGCAAGGCGCGUGUCCGCGGCGGUCACAACACACAAGGGCUUCGGUUUGGCUAAAAAAGGGAGCGUUCAGCGCACGACGAGGCGGUUCUCUGCCAGAUGAAGAACGGACGCGGUCGUCGGUCGCUGAAAGACCUCCAGAAAGGUUCGUACGAGAAGCCUGAAGAAAGAGACAUUUAAGAUGAGCCAAGACGGACCCAACAAGGAGGUAGUUUAUUGUUCUUCAUCUUGGAGAUCAGGCUGAAGUCAUCACCAUCCUGCUCCUACCCCUCCUUCUCCGUCCACCUCCUCCUCCUCCGCCACGAUGAACGCCUCUUCGUCCCCCGCCGGCAACGAGAGCACCCCGCUGUGCUACUCCAUCAACACGCCCCCCUUCAACCGAAGCAGCACGGCCUUCACCCUGUCCGCCGUGUUCAGCAGCCUGGGCCUCACCUCCAACCUCAUCGCCCUGGUGGUGCUGGCCAAGGCCUACCAGCGCACGCGCAGCCGCUCGCGCUCCUUCUUCCUCACCUUCCUGGGCGGCCUGGUGACCACCGACUUCAUGGGCCUGCUGGUCACCGGCACCAUCGUGCUCACCUACUACCUCACGGGCUUCGACUGGCGCCAGCUCGACCCCCGCUGCCACUUCUGCAACUUCUUCGGCAUGUCCAUGGUGUUCUACGGCCUGUGCCCGCUGCUGCUCGGCGCCGCCAUGGCGAUCGAGCGCUUCGUGGGCAUCAACCGGCCGUUCGCCCGCUCGGCCAGCAUGCCCGGCAGCCGGGCGGUGUGCAUGGUGCUGGUGGUGUGGACGUUCGCCGGCGGCCUGGCCCUGCUGCCGCUGGCCGGCGUGGGGAGCUACCACCUGCAGCCGCCGGGCUCCUGGUGCUUCAUCAACAUCAGCUCGCGGGGCGGCGACCGGGUGUUCUCGCUGCUCUUCUCGGCGGUGGGCCUGGCGUCCAUCGCCGUGUCCUUGGUGCUGAACACGGUGAGCGUGGGCACGCUGGUCCGUGUGUGCUGCGGGCAGGACAGGGGCCAGCGGCGGCGGGACUACGAGGUGGAGAUGAUGGUGCAGCUGUUGCUCAUCAUGGUGAUCGCCACCCUGUGCUGGUGCCCCCUGCUGGUGUUUAUUGCGCAGACUGUGUUGUCGGGCCGGCCGCUCCAGAUCCGGCGACUACUGCUGUUCCUUCGCUUUGCCACGUGCAACCAGAUCCUGGACCCCUGGGUGUACAUCCUGUUCCGUCGGGCGGUACUCCAGCGCUUUUACCCGAGCCUCCGCGUGUCCCGCGAUUCCAUCAUGAGCCUGUACCCGUCGCUGCGCAGGAUGACCCGCAGAUCGCCGCUCGCCGGAGCCAGGGGGCGUCUGAGCCAGGAUGAGCCCCCGGAGUCCAUCACCGCCACCGCCACCCCCACCGCCUCCGCCCUCAUCCAGGCAUAGCAGCUGGGGGGGGGGACAAGGCGUGACUGUUUUAAGAAAGGGCAGCUUUCUCCAAAAGAAGGUGAUUUUAUUGAUUUAUUUUGGAUGGCCCCGAGACUGAAGAUGAGCCUUGCAGACGUGUUUUAUGCGCAAUGUGAUUUCGGUUUCGGUCACUGAACCUUCCAGUCGUGCAGACCGAUGGGGGUCUCAGUGGAAAGAAGAUGUAAAGAAAUCACGCCGACGUCGGUUAUCCGACUGAUCAGUAAUACAACACAAUAUCGGCAUCGUCCUCAUCUUCGGAAACUUUGGAAUUCUUCGGAAACUCGUCGAGGUGCAUAAAAUACAUUUUCGGAGAGUCAUGUUUUUUUGUACACGCGUCCUUUUGUACUCACGUCCUUGCCAAACUUCUCUGCAGGGUUUUCUGACCACUUAAGGACGAGAUUACAGCCUAAAUGGACUUGAAGGAUCAAAGGGUUGUCGAAGGAUCUAAUCUUUUGUUUAUUAUGAGGAUUUGAGGAUCUUUCUGGGGGGUUCCUCACUACAUCGUUUAGUGUGUAAAAAGCUUGUAAAUAUUGCCAGCUGCCCCUAUUUUGCCUGUGGAAUUAUUUGUGUGUGGAAUCACUUUGCUUUAUCUGACAAGCGGAAUGAAUGUCUAUUGUGAUUGAGCCUUAGUUGACCCCUCCAUUGAAGGAAAUUUGACCCUAUUCAGUCCUUUCUGUUUCACCAAACUCCUUUGUGAUAUUUUUCGAAAUAAGUGUAUUUUAUUGUGUGGACAGUCGCCUAUAUUUUGACCCCUUAGCCUAGACAACAAACUUGUGUGUUAGAUAAAGGAAAACCAUAAAUGAUGACACAACACAAAUGCAAGGGCCACAACAAAAAUGGAAAACACACAAACCAAACACAAAAUCCACAAAAGUCAGGAUGAACAACUGGGGGAUAGUUUAUGUCCAUCUUUACAUGGUCGUAUCCUACGUUUUAAUAAAUGUGUGCAUUUAAAUCGAGAUUUUAAGCAGGAUCCAGCCUUAUCACUACUAUGUAACCCAGUAAAUCUUCUUUCACCUAUCAAUAACUUGUUAGGGUUUGGUUUCCCUCUAAGCUGAGUAAGCACAGAAGAGGAGAUAAAUGGAAAGGACUGAAUUGCUUCGUCAGGUCAACUCUGGGCCCGUGCCAACCUUUCAGAGGAGGUGGAAUAGCUGUGGGUGCAGAAAUGAUGACCCGAGGCUGCUAGCAUUCAAUCUAGCAUUCAGAAGACAUAGCUUAUUAACAGACUGUUGACGGUUGCGGGAUCGUAGCAUUAGCGUAGCAGUCCAAGCACGUUUUUUCUACAAAUGAUCGAGGAUGAGUCUCCUGUUAUUAAAUCAUUAUCAUUCAUCUUGAUAGAGCAGUCCCCCAUUCACUUCAUGAGCCCAUCAACUAAUAUACAUACAUUUGACCUAACAGGGACUUCACGGGACAGCUUAUAUGAAAUAUGAAAAAUUAUAAACAGACAGUAUUAUCCUUGUUGUUACAUUGUACCAGAUAUUGCCCACAAAUACAUUUGUUUACUGUAUUUUCUUUAUUUUAUAUUAAAUAAAUAUAUGAAAGAAAAUAUCAUGGUCAAAUUACUGUUGGUCCACUGUGACCUAAGAAGAAAGGCUUUGCGUUUCCGAUUUGAAGCAAAUUAAACUCACAAUACUGCUGUUAAAAAACCUGUGGAAGACAUUCUUUAUCGACUUAAAUAUAUUAUCACGCAUCCCCAACGUGCUCACCUUAGUCAGAAAACCAAGUGCACUAACGUGCUCAAUGAUAUGGGCCAGAAUGGGUAUGAAUGUGGAUAAUUGAAUUUGCACUUUGCUAUCAGUAUUAAUGUAUAAAUGCAUACAUUAAAGUCACAAUGUGUAACAUGUCCACUGGCUCAUAGGUUAAAAUAAGGGAUGGUGAUGGAUAGGGAUAUCCAUUAUGUUUUCAAUAAAAUCACAUCCUAUAUACAUUCUACAAAUAAAAAAGUCUGGCCAGCUCGUACCACUCUCUUUUUUUAGGUUAUCCAUACUUUGGACACUCACAGAACCCCUAACACCCUCCUCGCCACCGAGCCAGCCGAGCUAGUUCGCGUCAAACAGUUGUAUUUCCAAGUAGAGCCGGAGAGAACAGCGUAAUUCCGAUUUUUUGGAAUUCUGAAAGUCUCCUGCCUAAUAACUGGGAUGGUAUUCAUCCUUUAAUUUGAUACAUUUUCUUCAUGAAAUAAUACAGUUUGUAUAUGAAACCAAUUUCAUUGUAUUUCUUUUUAGUUCUUUCUCGCAAAGGGCUUCUACAAUCUUCGUCCUUUGGUUAGUUGACGCCCUACAUUUACUGAUUAGUUGGAUAUCAAUUUUUUUUUUGUCUUAUUUUAUGUUUGACUUUGACUUCUUUGUGUCAUAGAACCUAUAUAUUAUCUGUUAAUGUGAAAUGUAAAGGCUGAAAUGUACUUGCAUGAAGAAAGAAAUAGCAUAGCAUAUGAGAAGCUUUCGCAAGAACUUUCAUUGAAUACAAUAAAUAAACACAAUGGAAAGCAAUUAAAAAAAAUUGAAAGCAACUGAUUGCCAGUCAGGAUAUGCAAUGUUUUAUUAACAAUUACAAGUUAUAUAUGAAAAACAAGUGGAAUGUUUACGCUGUUGGAAAACAAGUCUUUCUGGAGUUGUAUUCUUCUUACAAAAAGUGAGGAAAAGAAAACGGCACACAGUGUGCCUGUUAAGAACACUAUUAAGUUGUUACGUUGUGAUGUUUUCAUCUGUAUUAAUAUUUAUACAUCAGGUCAACACCUAUUUACAUUAAUGUCUUGAAACACAGUAGCGGCUCUAAACGCACCAAAAGAGCCCCUGUCAAGAAUCAAUACUUAACUUACUAACAUUUUAAUAUUAAAAGCCCCCCACUUGAAGAUGAAGACCGUUAUAACUCAGUGGAGAGAAUUGAUGGAGAUUGACCAACACAUUACAUCUCAUUCGCCAAGGUCAACCUUAAGCUAUCCAAUGUAAAGUUAGCAUAAAAGUUAGCAUGUUGUUUUCCCCCCCUAAACCCUAGUUUUCGGCUGGUGGAGGAGUGGUGUGGCUGGGAUUAACUGUAUCUAGACGUCACCCCGUCUAGAGUAUUACCCCACUAUUACAGCACACAAUAGCGGGAAAGCGAUAGGUUGCGUGUGUAUGGUGAUACUUUCCUCGUCCAAAAAACCAUCUGUUCUUCUCCGGAGGUCCAGUUAUUUGUUUGAGUCUUGGCUGCCGUCAACAGAGACUUUUAAAGUUGAUGGAAUGGUCGGAAUGUGUUAAGGCCAGACCUUCUGCAACCUCUUUUCUUGCUUAGCCGCGGAAACAUCUAGUGAUUGCCUCUUUUGGGUGGUUUACUCUGACUUAUGUCAAGUUCCAGCAAAGGACCUAGACGUCUUUUAGGGGAGGGGGGAGGGAAAUAAAAUAUACAAUGUCAGAAACUUGUUGGAAACCGGCUUGAUAUAAAUACAAAUAAUCUUCUUGAGGUUGUAAGAUAUCUCUUCUAUAGAUAUAUGGUCUACUGUUUUAAUGUGUAUGCAUGCUUGAAGGGGUGGUCAAAGUUCAACAUUCACUAAACCUGUCAACUAUUCUUAGUUUAAUUAUUAAAAAAAUAACAUUUAAUAAUUCUAUCAUUAAUAAAUUAUUAUUCCUUCAACGAUGAUCAAUUCCUGAUCGUUCUCCGUAAAUUAGUUCUAAAUGUCAUGUGACCCUCAUAACUCUUUUACGUCCAUUCGAGGGAGCGUGUGAAGACCGCCGGAUGAAGUCCUUAUAGUUUCAGAUGGCCUUAUCACACUUCCUGCUCUGCCCCAUGGCACUUGUGUUGAUUCCAUGUGAACUUUUAUGGUUUGUCGACAGGACAUUGCGUAACAUGUCUAGCAUUGGCUUAGGGCUGAGUAUGUUUGUUGUCAGAAUUAGAUUCAAUAAGAUUACUACCACUGUUCAUGGAAAGUGAGCGACCUCUAAACUCUCUCUCUCUCUCUCUCUCUCUCUCUCUCUC